AUGGACCGGGGGGUUGCCAUGGAGCCAAGGGAGAAUUCGGGCACUUCCCGGCAAAGGGGAGGAGAGUCGGAUUUCCUGGGCUCGGCCAUUGCUUCUGCUAAGGCCCCUGGUGGUGCCCCUGGUGGCGCUGGGACGGAGGCCAUGCUGCCUCAGCCCGGCUCUGCCAAAGGGAUCCCUGUGAGCAGUGACCGGAUGGAGCCUGAGGAGGAAGACGAGCUCUGUUCUGGGAGAGACACAGACAGCGAGAAAUGGGUGGCCGGAGAUGGCUUGGAAGAGCAGGAGUUUUCCAUCAAGGAGGCGAACUUUACAGAGGGGAGUCUUAAGCUGAAAAUCCAGACGACCAAGAGAGCCAAGAAGCCCCCCAAGAACUUGGAGAACUAUAUAUGCCCUCCCGAGAUCAAAAUCACCAUCAAGCAGUCAGGGGAGCAAAAGCUUUCGAGAGCUGGGAAAAAUAGCAAAUUAGCUAAAGAGGAGGACCGGUCACACUCCAAGAAGAAG